CAACGCAAUGUACAGAAACGCCUCGCCCGCCUCUUUUUAACCGAGAAAAGAAACCUGCAAACCACACAGCCCUCCACCACAGAAACAAACGAGAAACGCACUCUCAAUCUCUCAACCAUGGCCGACAAGGAUCUUCAACUCUUGGAUAACGUGGAGCUACGGUUUGCUCUGGCUGAAAGUGAUCCCCAACUCGAAAAGACGCUUAAUACCUUCCUGUGUCCUGUACUUCUGAAGCUAUCGAGUCCAUUUGAGAAUGUCAGGGCCAAGGUGGUUGGUAUCCUUACCCAUAUCAACAAGCGAGUCCGACCAAAGCCUGAGAUCAAAUUACCAGUGACAGCACUCUUACAGCAGUUUGCCGAUAAUAACUCUGUGCUCGUCAAGAACUUCACCUUGAUAUACAUUGAAAUAGGAUAUGGACGAAUUCCUCUCGAAGACCAACUGGCAGGACUCCCGCAAUUGAUCAAAGGAAUCGCUCGUCGCCCCGUUGUUCAACAAACGACUCUUGCCCAUAUGAUUCUUCCUGUCUUAUCCUCGAUCAAACAACAUAAUGAAGACAACACAACCGCGGAUCCUUAUGGGUUUGUGGCCAACCCAUUAGAUGCAAUUUGCCUGCUUCAUAUCCUUCAAGAGGUUUUAUUGUAUCGCCAGCCGAUAGUCGGAUCGCAGCCUGCGAAACAUCAAUCAACGGAAGUCGGACCAUCAAGUUCGCAAGCUGGAUCGUCUGCAUCUGGCCAGAAUUCGACUAGUUCGCCGCCUCCCGACGGGAUGAGUCAUCAGUCAGUACUGCAGGUCACUAAUAACGGCAAAGCACUGUGGGCUACAACGAGCGAACUCAAGAACAUAAAGACUGGCGCCGUGCGCUUCAUUUGCUCACCAACAGCAUUUCCCGACUCGCUGCCCUUACAGGUUCAUCUGGAGAGGUUUGUGGCACUGAUCGCUGCUACGGGAGAUGCAUACAACGACGUUUCAGGCAUGGGUGAAGAUGGAUUAAAGCGAAUCAAACUGCCAGAUUUGGAGGAUAAGAUGGUGAUCGACAGGAUUUAUGAGAUGUAUCAGGGCUCCAAUAAGGGCAAACCCAUUCCUGGUCAAGAAGAUGCAUUUCGCCAACCGAGCUCGAAUGUCGUGAAGCAUAGGAUCAUGGGAUAUCUCUCAAAAUCCAGGACUGCAGCGGGGUCAUUUCCUUCUGCACUGCAAGUCUCAUUUGACUGCCUCUAUGGUCCCAAGGCAAACACAAAGCUGGUUAUGGCCGGUAUGGCCUUUGUUCAAUGGAUUGCACGAAUGAGCUCCGAGGCAACACUUAAACCAAUUGCUCCUGUACUCGUUUCGGGAUUGCUGAAGUUCACGCGUGAGAAUGAAAACGUUAUUGGACUGGAGAGUGAAUCGGCUAAAGGAUUUGCCUAUGUAGCCCUUGGCUUGAUUUCGAAGCGAGUGCCCGAGAUCUUCAGGAAAGACCUUACCAUUGUUCAAGGAAUCUUUGAUCAACUUGCCUCGCAACCCCCAAACGUGAAAACAUACAUUCAGGAAGCUCUUUGCACUAUGCUGGACGCUUUCCAGCCAAUGAAGGAAUGGGCCACUGAGGACGACGUUGCUCUCAUUCUAUCCGUCAUAGAGACCAACAUGGACAAGGAGGAGCAUCAAGCGCGCUUUUGUGCAGUCAAGUAUGCCAAUGCGCUGUUUCCGUUUUCGGACAUACCUUCCAAGUAUAUCUGUCUUAUGACAGUAAUCGACGAUAAAUUGGAGAUCAGGGAGGAAGCAAAGCGUGGGCUUACUUUUCCAAAUGCGCGCGCACUGGAAGAUAAUGCCGCUGCCAAUAACAACUCCAUGCUCCCGGACUUUACCAAGCUCCUGGAACUGGUUAGCCUCAAAUCACGGACAUCAUCACAAACUCGCCUUGAUGAACUGCAUGCACGGCCGACGUUCGGCAAGUCGUUCAUCAUGGGAUUCUCGUCUGAGGUCUUUAUCCAUAUGCUUCAAUUCUUCCGUCGCCUAUUGAUCACCUCAGCCGACCCAGAUGUGAUAAUCGAGGAGAGCUCCAACGAGUAUGAAAUCCAACAAAUUGUGUUCACUCCGUCAACUCGAGAAAAGGUCAAGAGUUGGCUUCUUCACAUGUGGGAGCUCGACAGCCAAAUCGACAAGGAUCAAAAGACAUUAUCAUUGUACAUUUCUUUCCUGGAGACUGGUUUGAAUCACCAAGGGCCUCAAGACAAACUCCUCCAUUCGACGGCUUUGACCUGCCUACUCGAGUUAUUCUCACUGGCACCCAGUAGUCUCUCUCAGCAAUAUGCCCAUCGUCUUGGAUGGUUCAAGCCCUUUAUCUCUUCUCCGAAACCGGAAUCACGACUUGCGGCGGCCCAUAUUAUCGGAAUCGUGGGAACUGACGGUCUCGAAGAAGCUGCACCCCAACGCGAGACGUUUCUAAAAUUUCUAGACGAAUUGCAUAGCGUUGCCAAGGAUCCGACUAAGCAGACAUCCUCAGAGCAGCGACAUGGCAUGGUUUUGGCUAUGGGCUUUAUUUUGGGACGACUUUAUUAUCGGUACUCCACAAAAACUUAUGAUAUCGUCCCGCAGUCGGAGGUGAAAAAGAUGGUCGAAGAUAUUGCUCUUGAUCUCGACUCUAAGCAGAACAUGUUUGUUUCUGGAGCCUGUGUUGCUCUGGGCGAGAUCGGCAGGUACGGCUCCUUUUCCGAGGGUGCUGCCAAAUAUGUUCAAAAGCUGAUAGAAACAGCCAAAAACACAAAGGACAUCAAGAUCCAGGAACAGGCAAUCGCUGCGCUUGGUGCCAUUGGCGUUGGCAAUCCAGACCAAGCACAGAACAUAUUGGCAUUUUUGUAUGAUUUUGGACCCAAGCAAACCAAGCAAGCCGAGGUGAAUUUCACAAUCGGUGAGUCCAUUGCCUGUAUCGGUGCGGGAUGGCAGUGCUCAGUCAUGGAUGUUUUCGCAGACGUGGCUGACAAGGACCCUACGAAGACCGAUGUGGACUCUGCGGUUAUGGACGAUAUUUUGAAGACCGUCUUGAGCGACAUGGGCUCGUCUCCUAAAGCGGCAUCGAAGAAGGCGGCCUGCAUCUGGCUGCUCACUCUUGUCAAAUUCUGCUCAGGCCAUAAGAGUGUCAAGGACCGACUGGAAAACAUUCACUCUGUGUUCUCAAGCCUUCUCUCAGACCGGGAUGAACUGACGCAAGAGGUAGCAUCCAAGGGUAUUGGCCUGGUGUAUGAGCUCGGCGAUCAGUCUCUUAGAAGCCAACUUGUCGGAUCUCUUGUUGGGAUGUUUGGAGAAGGCAAGAAGGCAACGGUGAAGGUCACAGGCGACACAGAGUUGUUUGAUAGCAACGCUCUGGGGCAGGCACCCGAUGGAUCCUCGCUCUCGACGUAUCAGUCCAUUCUAUCUUUGGCCAGCGACAUGAAUCAGCCUGAACUGGUGUACAAGUUCAUGCAUCUUGCCAGUCAUAACUCGAUGUGGGAGUCAAGGAAGGGAGCAGCAUUCGGCUUCUCGUCUAUUGUUUCUCAGGCCGAAGCUGAACUCAAGCCUCACUUGGCGACAUUGAUUCCUCGUCUGUAUCGCUAUCAGUACGACCCCAACCCCAAAGUGAAUGAGGCCAUGACAAGUAUUUGGAGGGCACUUGUUAAGGAACCAAAAAAGGCUGUGCAAGAAUAUCUUGAUGUCAUCAUCAAAGAUCUAUUGGAUGGCAUGGGAGCCAGAGCAUGGAGAACUCGCGAAUCAAGCUGUUUGGCUAUGGCGGAUCUGCUUCAAGGUCGGUCUGUGGAGGAGAUCGAGGCAUAUCUUGAAAGCAUCUGGACUAUGUCUUUCCGAACUUUGGACGAUAUCAAAGAGAGCGUUCGCAAUGCAGCCUUCAAGACAUCCAGGGCGCUGACUUUGAUGACUGUUAAGUAUUGUGAUCCCAAGAAUGUGUCUGCCGUUGAGGGUCAGCGGGUUUUGGACAUCAUGGUCCCAUUCCUCGUGCAGAAGGGCCUUCAGUCCAGCGCAGACGAAGUAUCGAAGUUCAGCUUGUCAACCAUCCUCAAGAUCUGCAAACAAGCAGGACCCUUGCUCCGGUCCCACAUAUCCAUAAUUGUAGUAGCCCUGCUUGAGGGACUCACCUCGAUGGAGCCACAGAUGAUGAAUUAUCUGAGCUUCCACACUGACAAGUACCAGGUGUCUCAGGAGCAGCUCGAAAACACUCGCCUGAAUGCAGCCAAACUUUCUCCAAUGAUGGAGGGUAUUGAGGCUUGUCUGGAAAACGUCGAUGAGACCGUGAUGCCGGUGCUCUCUGAGCAGCUUGUCGCGCUAAUGAGGAAAGCUGUUGGUCUACCGACUAAGGCGGGAUGUGCUCAUCUUCUGGUAUCCAUGUGUAUUAAGAAACCAUCUGUUACGAAAACAUAUAGCGAUACGCUUUUAAAAACCUUGGGAUCUUCUAUCAAGGACAAAUCGCCUGCAGUACGGAAGUCAUAUGCAGUGGCAGCGGGAUACCUGUCGAGGCUGGCGACAGAUGCAGCGCUUGUCAAGUUUAUCGAGCGUUUGGACAGCUUCUACCUAGAAACGGAGGAGGACGAACUUCGAUCAAUAGCGGCUAUCACAGCACGGGAGAUUUCAAAGAACGCAUCGGACCGAUUUAAAGGAGUGGCCUCUGCCAUCCUCCCCACUGUAUACUAUGGCACUUUUGACGCCAACAAGGACAUUAGCGGUGUUUGGAAGGACAUCUGGGAGGAGCAUACCACUGGAUCCUCCUCUGCGGUGAAAUUAUACGCAAAAGAGAACAUCGUACUGCUGUCAGCGCAGAUAACGUCGGCGUCAUGGAAUGCCAAGAAGCAGGCGGCCAAAGGUCUUAAGGCGAUGUCAGAUGCAAUGGAUCUGAGCGCUUACAUGCCCACGUUAUACCCGCUUGUUGUGGACGGGCUUGGUGGUAGAACCUGGCAAGGCAAAGAACAUAUUGUGGAGUUGCUUCCGGCUGUUGCGCUCGCGUCCAAACAAUACUUCGAAGACAAACCUGAGAAACUGCAGGAGAUUGCCAAGGUUUUGUUGAGAGAAUCGAAGAAAGUGAACAAGCAGUAUCGACGGUUCGCGAUUGACGCUCUCGGAAAGUUCCUUGAUGGAUUCCCAGAAGUAGAAUACUACUUGGAGACCAAGCCAAUCCUCAUUCCUAUCUUGAGGAACGAGGAUGAGAAUGACGAGGACGACGACGAACAUGACAAACCUCUUCAGACGAUGGUGGUGGCCAGCGCAGCCAGAGCGUUGGGGAUGUCAUGGACGCGAAACGAGCAGCUGCAGGAGCAAAACUCGGAGGAGUUUGUAGGUGUUGUCAGCAAGGCGCUUGUCCGGAACAUCUGGAAUGUUCGGAGUGCAUUGCUCGAAUCGCUUGAUAAAUUCUUGAUCAAGUUGAGCCUGUCAACAUCUCGCAGUGUCGUCUCUGAGGAAUCGCUCCUUCUACUGUUGGAUAGUCUGCUGGAGGGUAGCUUGCAAGACACCAAAUAUGUCAGUCUGCGAGAUCAGGGACUAGGAGUGUUGAAAGCUUUUGUUGGAAAAAUAUGCGGAACUUCGGCUUAUACAACGCGUGUCCGUGAACGGCUCACUGAAGUUAUCGCGAUCCUCAAGAAAGAUCCUGUUCCUAGGGUUUCUGAAGCUGCUGCGCUCUUGGAGUCGGAAUUGUGAUGGCACAGAAUAGAAAAAAGGCUACAUUAAAGUCAAGGAC